UAAACAUGGCUGGCGGUGACACCACGUGUUGCAAGAAUGUUUGCAGCUGAUUAGGCAAUCGUAUCUAGUCAGAUAGAUAUGCAUGAGAAUAAUGAGUUGACAUUCAUGGGUAAAAGCAUUAGCGUUACCUGUCUCAGGGACUGAAAUUUUUGCGUGUUCAUGUGAUACACUUGAACGAAGGAUGGAGAAGAGUGUGAGAGUUCUUGCAGCGGCAGUGCUAGGAACUGCUUCUGUCUAUGCUGUCGUGCUAACAUUUCGCCAGCUGUACAAACAUUUUAAAACUCAGUCGAGGAAACGUCAAAAAAGAAAAAGAACCAAUCUAGAAAUUCAUCUCAUCUCUACCCCGGAGGAAUGGCAAAAUCAGUUGGUGAUGCUAACAGAACAUCUGAAAAUUAUGAAGGUUGUGGGCUUGGACUGUGAGUGGGUGUCAGAUCACACGACCGGACAUCGCUCCCAGGUGGCGCUGCUGCAGAUGGCAACAACCUCUGGUCUGUGUCUGUUGGUCAGACUGUGUCACAUGGGCAGCAUGAUACCACAGACACUGAAGGACGUGUUGGCAGAUCCAAGCAUACUUAAAGUUGGUGUAGCAGUGAAGGAUGAUGGGAAAAAAUUGACAAAGGAUUAUGGGAUGGUUGUUCAAGGCUGUGUUGACCUUCGGCAUCUCUUGACCCGUGUCAGACAUAAGUAUAAGUGUGACGCCAGCCUCCAGGGUCUGGCUGAGGGGGUCCUGGGGGUGACGAUGGACAAGAGGAGGGAGAUACGCUGCAGUGACUGGGAGGCCCACACCCUCUCUGCGGAGCAGGUGGCCUAUGCUGCGGCUGACGGUCAGGUGGGCGUCGACGUCUUCACUAAGCUGGUGCUGACCAAGCUGACCGGUGGUGACCCUGGCGACCUGGUGUGGAGCAUGGAGGGAGUCGACCUGGAGGACGUCAGGAGACUGGCCAGGGCCAUGUGCCAGGGCAUUGUGGACAUCGGCUACAGGCAUUCAGGCACACCACGCAGAACACAGACAUCUGCGAAGCAGACGGAGAAGCCCGGCAUUGAGAAAGGACGUGCCUACUCCGCCCGGGCUCGACCUCUGUACCACAACUGCCAGCUCCAGGCUCCCGACGGACAGCCGCUGUGUACGUGUGACAUCCGCAAGGCAGAGUGGUACAUAGAGAAACAGCUGGGAGACAAGGUGUGUGACAUGCCUCUGACCGUGCGUCUGAGGUUUGAGCCGUCAGGUCGUCCCGAGUCGGAGAGCAACUACUACCUCCAGGAGAAGGAGAACGUCUGCGUCGUGUGCGGCAACGACGACACCUACACCAGGAAGUUUGUCGUACCCCAGGAGUACCGCAAAUACUUCCCGCCAUUAUUGAAGGACCACAGGUCACAUGACGUCCUACUGCUGUGUCCUCCGUGCCACCAGGUGAGCUCCAACCAUGACGCCAUUCUGCGGCAGGAGUUGGCGGUGGAGUGCGACGCCCCCAUCGACUCCGGACCUGGAUGUCGCAGUGUACAGAACCAGGACCUGAUGAAGAUCAGAUCAGCGGCCAAAGCCUUAACACUUAGCAGAGCCCAGAUACCUGAAGCUAGAGUAAAUGUGUUGGAAAAGACAUUGAUGGAUUUCUAUGGAGUUACCUCCCUUACCGAUGAUCUGUUGGAGACGGCCAUCAUAAUGGACACCAGAAUCUUCAACUCAGAUUACGUGCCGCACGGGAAGAAGGUGGUUGAACAUUUCAAACAGAAGGCGGAACUGUGGGCUUUUGAAAGACGAUGGAGAAAAAACUUUGUGGAGACCAUGAAGCCCCAGUUUCUCCCUCCUCUCUGGUCUAUCGAGCAUCAUCAUAAUGGAGUCCAGUCGACGCACUAGCGUCGGAACACCACCGAGGGAAUGUUGGUAUACACCACAGUCAGCAGUAGUCCACCCAGAUCACGUUGCCCUGGUAAUUGAGUCUGGAACAGGCACACCGGUGGUGGAAGGGUGAGGACACUGACACACAAUCAGCCGAGUCACAGAGUCAACUCUUAACUUGGAUUCCUGCAGGAUGGAACAGCACUAUCUCUGCUGUCUCUUCAUGGAGCACUCUAUGGGGGUAUGGUGGAACGAGGUGGCCCAGCAGUCUGGGCCCAGCACUUGCAUCUAUUUCCUAGCCCGGUAUUUGUCGAUCAUGGGUUUCAAUCCUUGGUCCUUCCUUGGUUUGUCAGUACCACACUUUUGAGAAUCAGUGGACGUAUGCUGGUCACAAGAGGAGACUUUGUGGAUCCAGUGACUGAUAGGGUGUCAUCGCACCCUGAUGGCAUGGAUUGUUGAGCAUGAAUAUAAAUCACUGGAUUGUCUGAUCCAGACUCCAUUAUUUACAGACUGCCGUCAUAUAGCUGGAAUAUUGCUGAAUGCGGAGUUAAACAAGAAAUACCAUGCUGUGAUAGAACUGAAAUACUGAAGAAAACUCUAGCCGUCUAAGCAUUGCAAUUUUGUGGACAGAGUUGCAUCCAUUAGGCAUGUCUGAAACUUGUGAUGGUAGGUUUGAAUCCCACAUUCAUUGAUAGGUUUCUGGGUGAAUCAGCUCCAUAUCUGUGCAUGUGGCUUUCAUCAAGGUGGUAAACUUCUGAGACCUGCAUCAUUUUGGAAUUCUCCCCAUAUUAAGCUGACAUGGCGUGAUAUCAUUGAAAUACUGUUCAAAGGGACGUCAAACACACCUCGCUCACGUUUUGUCAUAAGGCUCAAUUAAUUUCUCCAAAUGUCUAAUUGACACUGGACAUUUUUGUUUAUUGUCAACAUAACUUAUGAAUAAUCAGUUCUGUAGUAUUUAUUUUUGUAAAUAAACACAAGACUUGUA